CCUUGAUAUUCUGGUUAUAUGGCUCUGAGUCCACACUGCCAUAUAUUCCAAUUCAAAGCAGAUAAUGUGGGAUUCAGCUGUGUGGAAAGGGGCCAAAGGAAAAGAAGCAGGACAUAAACCCCAGGAAGAAGGCCUUUCAGCUAACACGGUUGAUAUCGAGGGCCUUCUGAGGUCAACCGAUCGCCUCCUUCUCCACAAGAGGAGAGAAGGCGGGAGGAAUCAGCUCGGAUCAGAAUCUUCUGAGUCGCGCUUCUUCCCUCAGGCAGCGGCUUAGACGCCUAUUUUCUGCUGAGGACCCCGCCGGAGUGUUGCCGGGCAAAGGAAAGUUGAGGACGCCGGGCCUAGUUGUUGUUGGUUUGUUGGUUUGUGUGGCUUCCCGACCGCCUCUGUGUGCCCUCCAACGAUGGGGCUGGAAAUGGACCCGCUGCUCCACGCCUUGAGCUACUUCAGGCGGAGGAAGUUCCAGCAGUGCUCGGACCUUUGCUCUCAGUUGCUGGAGAAAGAGCCCAGCGACCAGGCUGCCUGGUGCUUGAAAGUUCGGGCAUUAACGGAAAUGGUUUAUGUGGAUGAAAUAGAUGUUGAUCAGGAAGGCAUUGCUGAGAUGAUGCUUGAUGAAAAUGCAAUUGCACAAGUUGCACGUCCUGGUACUUCACUGAAAGUCCCUGGAACCAGUCAGGGUGGAGGUCCCAGCCAGGCUGUCAGGCCAGUGACUCAGACAGGGAGGCCCCUUACAGGAUUUGUAAGGCCUAGCACACAGGGUGGAAGACCAGGUACGAUCGAACAAGCUAUAAAAACUCCAAGAACAGCUCAUACAGCCCGUCCAAUGACUAGUGCUUCAGGGAGAUAUGUGAGGCUUGGAACGGCAUCUAUGCUUACCAAUCCUGAUGGUCCCUUCAUAAAUGUUUCUAAACUGAAUUUAAAUAGUUAUGCUGAAAAACCAAAAUUGGCAAAGGCAUUAUUUGAAUAUAUUUUCCAUCAUGAGAAUGAUGUUAAGAAUGCUUUAGAUUUGGCAGCAUAUGCCACACAACAUGCCCAGUUCAAAGAUUGGUGGUGGAAAGUGCAAAUUGGGAAGUGUUAUUACAGGUUAGGAUUAUAUCGCGAAGCAGAAACACAAUUUAAAUCAGCUCUUAGGCAGCAAGAUAUGGUAGAUACAAUAUUAUAUUUGGCAAAAGUGUAUUCCCGUUUGGAUCAGCCUUUGACAGCUCUAAAUGUUUUCAAACAAGGAUUAGAUCGGUUUCCUGGAGAAGUCUCCCUCAUUUGUGGUAUUGCAAGGAUUCAUGAGGAAAUGAACAACAUUUCUGCAGCUGCAGAAUGCUAUAAAGAUGUUUUAAAACAAGACAAUACUCAUGUGGAAGCCAUUGCAUGCAUUGGGAGUAAUCACUUUUAUUCUGACCAGCCAGAGAUAGCAUUGCGGUUUUACAGGCGGCUCCUACAAAUGGGCAUUUAUAACUGCCAGCUAUUUAACAACCUGGGCCUCUGCUGUUUUUAUGCCCAGCAAUAUGACAUGAUUCUCACCUCCUUCGAACGAGCACUCUCUCUAGCUGAAAGCGAGGAAGAGGCUGCAGAUGUCUGGUACAACUUGGGACAUGUAGCUGUGGGAAUAGGCGAUAUAAAUUUGGCUUACCAGUGUUUCAAGUUAACGUUAGCCAAUAACAACGAUCAUUCAGAAGCUUAUAACAAUUUGGCUGUAUUAGAGAUGCAGAAAGGGCGCGUUGAGCAGGCAAGAGUGUUUCUGCAGACUGCUUCAUUGAUAGCACCUCAUAUGUAUGAGCCACACUUCAAUUUUGCUGUACUGUCUGAAAAGGUUGGUGAUCUUCAGAGAAGUUACAUGGCAGCCCAGAAGUCUCAAGAAAUAUUUCAGGAGCAUGUGGAUACACAACAGCUUAUAAAUCAGUUAAAACAGCACUUUGCCAGACUUUGAUGAAACUCCUUUUAUUCGAACUGUCUUCUUAUUUAGAGUUGCUAACUAGUGUAGACAAAGGGGAUGAGUUGAUAUUUAAUUCUCAGAAUAUUUUUAUAGGAAAGCUCCUCUAAAGAAGAGUCAUACACAAAACUUGCAUGUUACUCACCAAACUGGUAAGAGCUGCUUCCUUAAGCAAAAGUGUAUGUAAAGUGGCAUAAUCUACUUGACAUGUCUACUAGCAGCAUUCUUUUUUCAUAUAUUAAAUGAAGGGUUUGCUUUAUUCCAUAUAAAAUACCAGGAGCAUUUCAUGUAAGAGUUGCUAGAAAAGGAAGCCCGCCUUUGUUCCUCUUUGUAUAUGCUUGUUUCUUUUUGAGGAGGCAUUUUCCUUUUUGUUCACUCUAUGUGAUAAUAGUUGCAUUACAUGGCACAAUUCUGUUUCAAAUAGGAGCUUGUCAGCGUGCUUUAACCUUUUGUCCCACCGUGACAAGCUUAAUGUCUGAUUCUUGUUUAAGAAUGGCAUUGCUUUUAUAAUAUCCCUUUAGUGGGGAACAUAUAUGCAUUCUUGGAUUGAAGUUUCUAGUGAUGUCUGGUAGAUCCUGAUGUCUCUUGAUGCCACUGCACUCCACAGCUUUUCAUGGCGAUGGUGCUAGCAUAUAUUUCAUAGCAAGAGUUUUGGGUAAGAAAUGGGGUGGGGGUGAAAGAAACCUCAAAAUAGACAUAAAUCAGGCAUAGGAAGUGGAAAUAAUAAACAUUGAGUAUGUAGAAUGAAAUUUUGAGAAUGAUUACCUUAAUGGAGCAAGUUCAGUUGAGCAGGAAAAGGAAGAUGGUGACAGUUGUGGCAUAUUGCCUUUCCUUGACAUCCUCAUUUCUAAUUGCUAGCUAACUUUCAUGAGGAAGCUAGUAGAAAAUCGGGUAUUGCUUUCAGUCUCAGAACCAAGAAUUCUGAAAAUACUCAGAUUGAUGUACCUCCACUAAAUUUUUCAAAUUUGAUUUAUUUUUCAGUAAAGCAGUUACUAGAACCAAUAGAUAACAGCGGAAUAUGUGCACCUGUGGGGCACUACUCGGCUUCAUAAAGAAUGAAGUAACAUUGUUACUUCUCAAAUGAAUUAUCUUCCACUUAGCAGAUCAUAAAAGAAUCUACUUUUAACAGUGUCAGUGAGGCAGGAGCAGUUGCUACUACUGUUUUCUAUACCUUUUUUCCCAUGGUCCAGUUAUUUACAGUCCUGCCCUAUCUGUGGAAGCAAGCAGUACUUUUUGUCACUCAUCAGUUAGGAAGGACAGUGGUAACAGCCUCUGAAACUGAACUGAUAGUUAAAAAAGAUUCUUUAAAUUGGAAGCAAAAACACUUCUUCCAAUGAGCUUAAUAUUAGCAGUCGAAUAAAGAAAUGCAUUUGUAUUAGUUCUGGUUUCCACCAUGGUGCACAACGAUUUACUGUGUUCCAGGCAUUAUUUAAAUUCCAUUUUACUUUACAUUGCCAUUUAUUUAGCUAUGGCGUAUAUUGUUAAAGUUAUUUAUAAUAAAAUAAAAUAUAGGUUAUAAGUAUAAGGUUAAGAUUAAGAGAGUGAGUUUUGUUUUGUUUGGCUUUUACUGUUUUUGAUUGGUCACAAACUUCAGAAAUUUAGAAAGAGCAAAAGUUUUAAACCGGAACCAUUUUCUUUUUUUCCCCAAGGCCUAAUGAAUUUAAAGAAAUGUAGAUUUAAGAUUAUGGGCAUAGGUGUCAAAAAAUCUCUAGUGUUUGCAUAUGCUUCUUAAGAAUUAAUCAUCUCAUGAUAAUAUUUGUAGCAUCUACCGAUUUAAAUGUUUAUAUCCACUUUUACAAUUCUAAACAUAAUUUCCUUUAUUUAAAAUAGCCUGUGACCCCCAUUGCACAAUCAGUAUUCAUGGUGGCAGAGGACGACCAGUGAAACACAUCUAAAGGGUUUCCAGGUUUAAAGGAUAACCAUUUUGAAAAAUUAGAUUUUGUUGUAUAAUUAGAUCAAAUAAAUAAGAAAAUAAUCUGUGCUUGUUGAGGUUGUAACAGGUAUUCUAGAAUGAAUGUUUGAGGGCUCUGUGAUUUAUACUCAUGAAACAUCAAUUUUAACAUUUUGAAAUACACAAAUUUAAAGUUGAGUGAAAUUAAUUUGGUUAGUUCUUUACCAGUGACUUCAAGCUGAAGAUUUUUAAUCAGUCUGUAUUUGUUUCAAUGCAUAUUUUGCUUGUUUAAUAAGCUAGAUUGCUCUUUUUAACCUUUCCUUUGCCUCAAGCAAAGAUAUUCCAAUAUUUACAGAGAGCUCUGUGCUUAGUAAUUAAAUCAGAUGUGGUAAUGAGGACAUGGCACCACCACCGCAAGAACAGUAGAUCAAGAAGCCAGGCAGUUAGUCAUGGAGAGAUGUCUCAGUUUUCCUUUAAUUUGCGUGAGCACCAAUGAGCAGGCAAAUCAUCUGGCCCUGAGGCAAACUGCCGUUAGUUAAUUUAGUACGACAUGGUAUAGCAUGAUGCUUCAGAAACUGUAUCCAUCUCUGUGGGAGAGUUCUGUUAGGACGAUAUGACCUCCCCAUCUAGUUGCAGCAUUCCUGUGUUAUAACAGUCUCUGUGCUUGUGUCCCUUUAACUUGAAACAGAUCAAGUGUUGUUCAGCUUGUGUUCGACAAGCUACUGAUAAUUAAAUAAGAUUUAGUUAUCUCAGCCUGUAAGGGACAUGGCUUCAGUAAGCCCCAAAAAGGCAGAACUUGGACUAUAACUUCAGUUUCCGAGUGGAAGACUGUAUAAUAACAGAUUAGAGAGAUGGGCCAAACUAACAACAGUUUAACAGGGACAAAUGCAAGAUACUCCCCUUGGCAGAAAAAAUGAAAUGCAAAGAUACAGAAUGGGGGAGCCUGGUUUGACAGCACUACAUGUGAAAAAGAUCUUGGGAGUUCUCAUGGACAACAUGUUAAACAUGAGCCAAAAAUUUGAAGCGGGGGCAAAAAAGCCAGUGGGAUUUUGGCCUGCAUAAAUAAAAAUAUAAAUAGUGUCUAGAUCCAGGGAAUCAUGCUGCCCCUCUAUUCUGCCUUGGUCAGAUCAUACCUGGAAUACUGUGCCCAAUUCUGGGCACUGCAAUUGAAGGGAGAUGUUGACAAGCUGGAAUGUGUCCAGAGGAGGGUGAUUAAAAUGAUCAAAGGUCUGGAGAAAAAACCCUAUGAAGAGCGGCUUAAAGAGCUGGCCAUGUUUAGCCUGCAGAAGAGAAGGCUGAGAGGAGACAUGAUGGCCAUGUAUAAAUAUGUGAGGUGAAGUCAUAGGGAGGAGGGAGGGAGCUAGCUUGUUUUCUGCUGCCUUGGAGACUAGGACGCAGAACAACGGCUUCAAACUACAGGAAAGAAGAUUCCACUUGAACAUUAGGAAGAAUUUCCUAACUGUGAGAGCUUUUUGGCAGUGGAACUCUCUGCCCCGGAGUGUGGUGGAGGCUCCUUCUUUGGAGGCUUUUAAGCAGCGGCUGGAUGGCCAUCUGUUGGGGGUGCUUUGAAUGCAAUUUCCUGCUUCUUGGCAGGGGGUUAGACUGGAUGGCCCACAAAGUCUCUUCCAACGCUAUGAUUCUUUUUAUGCCACUUAAUGAAGCCCUUCCUAAAAUAAGGAAUUUCUACCAUUGUAAGGGUAUGGUUUUAAAUCUUUUUCUUAUGCUGAUGUUCUGUAUGGAAGGAGCUAUCCACACAAAGAAGCAAUAAAAAUGUGAACCUC